AUGCAUACUACAAAUAGUACGGAGUUUCCAAAGAUCCCGAUUCCCGGAGUUCGUUUUAGAAUAGACCCAUCGAUACCACCGAGACAGAUUAUAAGGUACAAUAUACCGAAAGCUUUUGAAACUGCUAUGAACGUCAGGCUGUACGACAUGGAGGUUAAAGGAAUUAUUGAGAGAGCAGAUAAAGAACAGGAUGUUAUAUCUUACGUGUCACCACUGGUGUUGGUUCCGAAGGGUGCAAAUGAUUUUCGCAUUGUCGUUGACUACCGGGCUGUUAAUAAAGCCAUAAUCCGUGAGCCCUAUCCAAUGCCAUCGCUUGAGAAAAUUUGGGCAAAAAUUCCAAACGGUGAUGGCAGAUUGUUCUUUACCAAAUUGGAUUUAAAGGACGCAUAUUUUCAUGGCGAGCUUCUUGAGGAGGUACGACAUUAUACGACGUUUAUGACGGCCAAUGGUCUUAUGCGUUUCAAACGAUUGCCUUUCGGGUUGUCAUGUGCACCUGAAUUAUUUCAGCGUGUAAUGGAAACACUCUUGCUCAAGUGUAAAAAUAUUGUCGUAUAUUUGGACGAUAUUUUAAUUUUUGGACGUACCCUCGAAGAACUGGAAACCUGUGUUACUGACGUCAAAAAUAUUCUCUUAAAGAAUAAUUUGACAAUCAAUGAAAAGAAAUCCGUUUAUAACAAAAUUUCAGUGGAUUUUCUUGGAUUUACGAUUGAUGGCUCCGGUAUACUUCCAACGUAUAAUAAAAUCUCCGAUAUCCGACUUUUCAAGAACCCAAAAGAUACUUCUGAAGUACGUAGCUUUUUGGGUAUGCUAACGUUCAUUAGUCCGUUCAUGAAAAAUUUCUCACACAAAACGAAGCCACUACGGGAUCUUUUGUCAUCGAAUUCUAAAUUUAGAUGGGAAAAGGAACAUCAAGAAGCCUUCGACGAUCUUAAAGAGGAAGCCGAGAAGCACUUAAUUAAACGAGGAUACUUUGAUGAAAUUGAUAAAACCAUCCUUUAUGCGGAUGCUUCACCGUGGGGCCUGGGAGCUGUUUUAGUCCAAGUAAGCCGAACUUCUGAAAGACAACGUAUCAUUGCUUGUGCAUCUAAAAGUUUGACAAGUGCAGAAUGUAGAUAUCCUCAAUUACACCGGGAAGCACUUGCUAUUGUCUGGUCAAUGGAGCGGUUUGCCUACUACUUGCUUGGUCGUCGUUUCAUAUUGCGCUCAGACAGUGAAGCUCUCAUGUUCAUGAAUAACAAAAAGGGUGGUAAAGAUAUAGGAAAAAGAAUUAUGUCUAGAACGGAAGGUUGGCUUUUGCGGACGGAUCAUUUCUGGUAUGAGUUUGAACACGUAGCAGGAUGUGAUAAUAUAGCGGAUGCAGUUUCGAGAAUUGGUAUUCAACGCGAUGAUCCGCAAUAUGGUACAGAUACGGAAUCUCAUGAAUUGUGUUCGGUUACUGCAAAUCCAGGCUCAAUCAGUGAUCAGCUUUUAGCUUUAACCAUCGGGCAAGUCAGGGAAGAGUUGCUAAAAGAUGAAGAACUACAGACAGUUAUGACUUGGCUUAGCAAAAAUGAGAAGUGGCCAGCAGAUAUACAGAAGUACCAACCAUUUCAAAAAAAGCUGUACUUGCAGGGAGAAAUUCUGAUGAAGGAAGAGAAAAUGGUUUUACCGUCGGCUCUACGUAAAAGAGCUUUACGUUUAGCUCACCGAAGCCAUCCUGGUAUGUCUACCAUGAAAAAUAUUUUAAGACAAGGUUUAUGGUGGCUUGGAAUGGAUCGUGAGGUUGAGGAGUUUGUGAAGAGUUGCCCGGAAUGUCAGUUGGUUACGUCGUACAGCCAUCCACCACCUAUCACAAUGACGGAGAUGCCAACUAAUCCUUGGGACUAUGUAUCGAUGGAUUUUUCAACGGCAUCAGAGUCACAUAACUGGAAAGCAUUGGUAUUAACAGAUAAUUAUUCGCGUUUCCUGAUUGCUAUCCCAAUGGAUAAAACUGACACGGAAGCUGUCAAAAAGGCCCUUAAACGAGUUUUUAACACCUACUAUAUUCCAAAGACAUUAAAAACGGAUAAUGGUCCUCCUUUCAACAGUCUGGAGCUUAAAAGUUGGCUGAAAGAUAGUUGGGGAGUAAAGUUGAUGCACAGCACACCUUUAAACCCCACUGAAAAUGGGUUGGUCGAAAGGAGCAUGCAAGGUAUAAACAAAAUCACGGCAAUAGCGAAACUUGGAAAGCAGAACUGGAAGGAAGCUCUUGCUGACUAUGUAGCUGCUUACAAUAGCUGGCCACAUCAUGUGACGAAGAUUCCACCAGCGGAGUUGAUGUUCGGAAGAGCGGUCAGAGGUUUACUGCCGGAUAUACGUACGGAGCAAAGGCAUAAGGAGGAUGGAGAACUGCGUGACCGAGAUCAAAUUGCAAAGUUUGAACGUAAUACACGAGAAGACAAUCGUCGCAGAGCACAGGAAUGCGAAAUUAAGGUUGGAGACAUAGUGUUAGUUGCCCAGCAGAAAAGGGAUAAAGCGGAUACCGUAUAUAAGAAAGAGUUGUACAAAGUUAUUGAUUUGAUUGGAGCUGGACGAGCAACAGUGAAGGAUAUUUCAACGAACAAAACUUUCGACCGCAGCGUCAAAUUUUUUAAAAAAUUUGUGCAGCGCACGGAGGAAGAGACGGAAACGACGGCUAAACCGGAGCAUUGUAUGGAGAAGUCUGAAUCGAAUUGGGCGCAGCAGGACAAGGGGAUUCUGGAGGAUGCAGGCCAGUUGCGGCAUCGGAUCCAGCGGCAGAUCAAACCACCAAAACGAUAUAUUGAUGCGGUGGUUCAAGGAGUCGAGGGAAUUAUUUAA